AUGGGGGUCACCCGCUGUAUGGUGGUCACCCGCUGCAUGGGGGUCACCCGCUGUAUGGUGGUCACCCGCUGUAUGGUGGUCACCUGCUCUGCGGGGCGACCAGGGUGGCCGGGAUGCCACUGUGUGCCCUGCCAGUCCACGGUGGAUGCUGAGGGGCAGGAGGACGGAGUGGUGGGGACGAAGUGUAGCAGGCUGGGAGGGCACCACACAUCUGGAGACAUGAACCUCUGCUGGAACGAGAUCAAACGCAAGUCCCACAACAUCCGGGUGCGGCUAGAGGCGUUCUCCGACAACAGUGGGAAGCUGCAGCUCUCCCUGCAGGAGAUCAUAGACUGGCUGACGGCCAAGGACGAGGAGCUGUCGGAACAGCUGCCCAUAGGGGGCGAUGUGGGGGCCGUCCAACACCAAAGGGAGUUCCACCAGGUCUUCAUGGAGGAUGUCAAGUCUCGAGGGCCCUUCAUCUACUCGGUGCUGGAGUCUGCCCAGGCGUUCCUGACACAGCACCCCUUCCAGGAGCCCGAGGAGACGCUGCCCGACGGAAAAGAAGUGUCUCCGAGGAAACGGAUCCUGAACGUGAGUCGCUCGUGUGGAAGCAGGCAUGUAACAGUGACUGUGGGAGAAGUUGACUGCCCGCUGCGUGACCGACACAGGCACAUGGAGCGGACCCUGGAGCGACUGCUGCAGACGCAAGCAGCCAUGGAGGAGCUGGCGAUGGCCCUGAGCAAGCUGAGGGCGUCCGGGAUGCCAUGGGAGCCUGUAGGGGACGCUCUUCAUGCGACUCCCUGCAGGACCACAUUGACGCCACCAAGGCCUCCCAUUGAAGAGCGUCUGAAGCAGCUGCAGGAUGCUCACAGAGACUUUGGCCCUGGAUCCAGCACUUCCUGUCCAGUUUCAGUGCAGAUACCCUGGGAACGUGCCGUCUCGCCAAACAAAGUGCCCUACUACAUCAACCAUCAGGCCCAGACAACGUGCUGGGACCAUCCAAAAAUGACGGAGCUGUACCAGGUGCUGGCGGAUCUGAACAACAUCAAGUUCUCAGCGUACCGGACAGCCAUGAAGCUGCGGCGGGUGCAGAAGGCUCUGAGAUUGGACCUGCUGAGGCUGGUGAGUGUGGUGGACGUGUUCAGGGAGCAGGAUCUGCAGCACGGGGAACAUGUGAUGGAUGUGGUGGAGAUGAUUCAUGCCCUGACCGGCCUGUAUGAGAGACUGGAGGAGGAGAGGAGGGCCAUCGUGGUCAACAUCCCUCUCUGUGUGGACAUGUGUCUCAACUGGCUGCUCAACGUCUACGACAGUGGUCGCAAUGGGAAGAUGCGCGUCCUCUCCUUCAGACGGGACUGGUGAGCCUGUGC